AUGUCGGCCGCACUGAGCUUGGGCGAUAUGACGCAGGAAGGGGUGUGCGGGCUGAUGACGGCCGUGGAGAGAUGGGACCCCGCCAAGGACUAUGCUUUUGACGCGUUUGCGUUUUACUCGAUCAAGCAUGCUAUCCUACGGGCGAUUGAGAAUCAAAGCCGGCCGAUUCGACUCCCCGUGCACGUGCUGAACAAGCUGUCCAAGAUGCGCAAGAUCAAGCAGCAGGUGGACUUGUCCAAAGGCGGGAGGGAGCCGUCGGUGCAGGAGGUUGCGCGGUUGGCCGGGGUGGGUUACAAGGAGGCCGAGCUGUACCUGGAUCGGAGCAAGACGCUGCGCAGCAUCGACGCGCCGGUGAGGGGUGGGGCAGAGGCGAGCUUGCGGGAGUUUUUGGUGGACGAGUCUGUGGACGUGGCGCGGCAGGUGGAGAGGGCGUGCUCCCGGGAGGCGGUGCAGGAGCUGGUCAAGGGGACGGACCUCGAGGAGCUGGAGAGGUCUGUGCUGCUGCUGAAGUACGGGCUGUCGGAUGGGGUGGAGAGAGUGCGGGCCGAGGUGAGCCGGAUUUUGGACGUGAGGGUGGAAAAGGUGCGCAGGGCUGAGCUCAGCGCGCUCAGGAAGCUCAGAGUGACGGCCGGGGAGGACUGGGCCGGGUGGACAGGGCUCACCUGA